UCAGUUACAACCAACUCAGCAAGUCUCUAGACACAACAUCUAAUUAACCCAACCGUUUACAACAACAAUUUUUUUUUUCUUUCAUGUAAAAGGGAAAGAAAGGGGCUGUGAGUGUGAGGCUUGACCAUUCUUGUAAAAGGGGUUCAGCUUUUGGUUGACUCUUGAGAAGAAAAAGAUACAGAGAGAGUUUGUAAGAAAGGGGUUUAUUUUGUAAGGGUUCUGAAAAGAAAAGAAAUACAGAAAACGAAAAGAAAAACUGAGAGAAGGAAGGAAGGAUUACCUGUCGAUACUGUGGCAUGGAUUCCUUGAUCAUUGAUGUACCAAAUUGAAUGUCUAGUGCAGAUCUGAGCUUCCCUGAGGAGAGCUCAACGAGGUCGUAACCCAGAUUGGGGUGAACCUCGAUAAAAUUGUUGUCUUGCAUCCUCUCUUUAUUUUUCUUUCUUCUGAUUGCUUGAACUUGUUGAUUGCUUCUGAUUUCUGAAUGGUUUGUGCAUGAGUUCUCGAAGUCUUGUUCAACUCUGCAUAGAUAAAAGUCAGGUAAAAGGUUUUAAUCUAUUAGCUGAAUAUUCAUUGAACUCUGUGGUCAUUUUGGUCCACACGCGUGAUUGUUGAAAGGUCAUUUGUGACCUUGGUUUUGCUAAUGUGUCUGUGAGUUGGUGUAGGGCAGAAAAGUAAUUUUCCUUCCUACAAUAACGUAUGUGGAAAACCAGGUGGAGUCAAGCUUCCCUUUGAGAAGAGAAGACCUAUGGUGGUGAUAGUUUUAUAGUAGACUUGUCUAUAUAUGUCAUUUUAUCUUGAUUCUCGUUCUAAUCCACAAGAUUGAUGAUGCUUACAAUUACAAGAGAAAAUAAAAAAGUUGAAGCAAUUUAUAAGAGCUGACUCAACUUUAUAUGUAAUAUAAAUAAAUAUCAUAUAAAGAGUUUAGAAUAUGCAAAUGUGUUGUAAUAUUGAUUAAAAUAAUAAUCCGUUCGCCAGAAAUUGUGUCGUAGCAUGUCAAUAUUGAAUAUAUUUCUGUUAUCCUUCUUCUGGUUUCAAUCCCAAUAUUGCUAUGCAAAUUAUAACAUAACAUCGUCCCAAGCCUUAUCUCAAACACAAACUCUAGUCUCCUCUAACCAAAUUUUUGAGUUAGGCUUCUUCAAUCCAACUAAUUCUUCAGAUCAUUAUGUGGGCAUCUGGUACAAGGGAACUUCACCCCUUACUGUUGUAUGGGUGGCUAACAGAGAGAAUCCGCUUAAAAACGCAGACUAUGCAACGGCAAGUCUAACGAUUGGCAAUAAUGGAAAUCUGGAGCUUGUGAGUGGUAAGAACAAGUCUGUGACCUGGUCAACUAAUAUUCAUGUUCGAUCAAAUAGUUCAGUAGCAGCUCUUUCAGAUGAUGGUAACUUGGUUUUGAAAGAUGGCAUAUCAGGAGAAAGCUUGUGGCAGAGCUUCCACCAUCCAGGGAACACAUUCUUACCUGGAGAGAAUUAUAAUCUCAAAACUGGAGAGAAUUAUGUGUUGACCUCUUGGAAGAGUGACAGUGAUCCAUCGCCUGGUAAUUUCACCGUUGGAAUCUCGAAACAGGCACCGCCACAAGUUUUCAUUUGGAUCAAUGAAACAACACCUCACUGGAGAAGUGGGCCAUGGGACAAAUCCAGGUUCAUUGGAGUACCUGAGUCGGCUAAUUUAUAUUCAAGUUCAAUUAAUCUUCAAAGUGACUUUGACAAGGGAACAAUUUUUUUGUAUUUCUAUAUGUUCAACAAAUCCAAUCUCGCAAAUAUGUUUGUUUCACCGCAAGGUCUUUUGAAACAUAUCUUCAAAGACAAUGCCGACGACACUUGGAAAACUGUAUGGGAGGGACCAAAAAGUCGAUGCGACUUAUACGGAACUUGCGGGGCUUUUGGAGUAUGCAAAACAUUUGAAUCUCCAAUUUGCAAGUGUUUAAAUGGGUUUGUACCAAAAUCAUACCAAGAGUGGACGAGUGAAAAUUGGAGAGGAGGGUGCAAGAGAAGAACCAACUUACACUGUGAGAAAAACAAUAGUAGCCAAUCUUCAAAUGGAGGAAAAGCUGAUGGAUUUUACAAGAUGAGUAUGCUAAAACUACCAGACUUGUAUACGUAUGUGGACAUUAAUGAAGCCAGUAAUUGCCACACAUGGUGCCUGAAUAAUUGUUCUUGCGUAGCUUAUGCUUAUGUGAAUGGAAUAGGCUGUUUGGUUUGGUCAGAAGGUCUUAUUGACAUUCAGGGCUUUUCCUCUGGUGGGGAGGAUCUUUUUAUUCGCCUUGCACAAAUUGAACUUGUUGGAGGACAGAAAACCAGGAAGAUUGUCAUCAUCCUCACAGUUAUUUCUGGUUGUGCCCUUCUUGUUGCUGUUGUUUUCAUAUUUCAAAGAUGGAGAACUAACCACACAACUGGAAUAGCAGGGCCCGUUAAGGAGAUCCUAAAGAAAUUUGGUUUGGCUAAGAUAGGUGAGGCUCUAGUACCCAAUCUUCAAAGUGCCAAACAACAAGAUCCAUCUGAGUUAAGUGUUUUGGAAUUGGAUAGCGUUUUAGCUGCUACAAACCAUUUCAACAUCACAAACAAACUCGGGCAAGGAGGGUUCGGUUCUGUUUACAAGGGAAAAUUACCAGAUGGAAGGGAAAUAGCAGUCAAAAGAUUGUCAAGUAGCUCGGGCCAAGGCAUAGAAGAGCUUAAGAAUGAGAUGAUUUUGAUCUCUAAACUUCAACACAGAAAUCUUGUCAAGCUCUUAGGUUGCUGCAUUGAAGAAGAAGAGAAGUUACUAAUUUAUGAGUUUAUGCCCAACAGAAGCUUGGACACUUUUAUCUUCGAUCCAAGUAAAAGUGCACAGAUCAGUUGGGCUACACGCUUUAAAAUUAUUCAUGGAGUUGCUAGAGGCCUUGUAUAUCUUCAUCGUGAUUCGUCUUUAAGGGUGAUACAUCGAGAUUUGAAAGUUAGCAAUAUUCUCUUAGACGAAAAUAUGAACCCAAAAAUUUCAGACUUCGGACUGGCACGGAUUUUUCAAGGGACAAUGGAUCAAGUAAACACUCGAAGGGUAGUCGGAACAUUAGGCUACAUGUCUCCAGAAUAUGCCAUGAGCGGGAUAUUUUCUGAAAAAUCUGAUGUAUUUAGCUUUGGUGUACUGCUAUUAGAGAUAAUCAGUGGGAGGAAGAUUUCCAACUUCCACUACUAUGACCAAGACCUAAGCCUUAUUGCUCACGCAUGGCGACUGUGGAAUGAAAGUAGAGGACUAGACUUGGUUGAUGAAGCAGUGGCGGAGUCAUACUCUGCACCAGAAGCAAUAAGUUGCAUACAUAUUGGUUUGUUAUGUGUACAAGAUCACGCCGCUGAUAGACCAACCAUGCUGGAUGUGGUUUCCAUGUUGAUCAACGAAACAUAUCGUCCUCAACCUAAACAACCCUUCUUUACUUGCCAGCGUCAGCCACAAACCGGAAUUAGCUCCGCGAAUGAAGCCACCGUAUCAUUAUUUGAAGGCCGAUGAGUCACUCCUUCGUUUAAGGCCAAACUCUGGUCUCCUCCAACCAAAUUUUCGAGCUAGGCUUCUUUAGUCCCAAUAGCUCUGCAAAUACGUACGUGGGAAUCUGGUAUAAGAAAUUCUCACCCUUUACAGUUGUGUGGGUGGCAAACAGAGACAACCCCGUUACAGUUGCAGACUCUCCACCAAGUCUAACCAUUGGCAGCAAUGGAAAUCGAGAGCUCUUGGAUAGAAACCGCAACUCUGUUUGGUCUACCAAUGUCAAAAUCCGAUCCAAUAAUAGCUCAGUGGAAAUUCUUUCUGAUUACGGAAGCUUAAUACUCAAAGAUGAUACACAGAGCUUAUGGAAGAGCUUUGAGCAUCCUGGGGACACAUUCUUACCAGGAGCAGAGUUGGGUCGUAAUGUCAAAACUGGGGAGAGUUUUGUGUUGACUUCGUGGAAUAGCAAUAGUGACCCUUCAGUUGGAGAUUUCACUUUUGGAGUUUCCAAAACGAAACCACCAGAAGUUGCCAUUUGGAUAAACGAAUCGAAGGUACUAUGGAGAAGUGGACCAUGGGCUAAAACUAAGUUCACGGGUA